UCGGUGACAGCUGUUGUCAGUCGUCGUAGCAAAAAUUUUGUCAAUUACUAAACAGCUGUCUACGUUUUUAAUAGUUUAAAAACCUUUUUGUUAUGUGUAGACUUAUAGGCCUAAAACAAAUAUAGUCAUUUUUAGCACUGAUGCAUGUGGACGUGUUCCGGUAGCAAGAACUAGAGCUAAGGAAGUUUGGUACCCGAGAAUGUCGAUUCCUCCACUUGUUUGCAGCACUCCUCCGCCACCCGACCAGUGUGAGGAUGAUAAAGACCCUGAAGAUUUCGACAUCCAAUACAAUUUGUCACAAGAUGAUGAUGACGACAACUAUGACUAUGGGAAUUUUGCAACAUUUAACCAUUUCACAUCUAACAGUAAACCAGAAGUUCCAGUCAUAGCUAAAGUGGUUGAAAAUGUAAAAGUUGACGACAUAUCCAAAACAAACACAAACAGUAUUGAAAAUAUUCUCGGGACCAAUAUCAGUAGCAACAUCAAAUUGUCAGUUGAGGAGGAAACAAAUGUUGAAGAUUUGGACUUAAAAAUAGAUGAGGAAUCUUUAAAAACCAUUGAUGUGUUAGAAAGUAAAGACAUUUGUGUAGAAAACAAUCAAAGUUCUGAACCUGGUGAAGAGAUAAAUAUCCCCAGAGAUACAAAAUCUUACCCAGCAGAGUCAAAUGAGUUUAUGAUAGAACCUCCCAGUUUGGAUCAUGUUGAGGAACCACCCUCACAGGUUGACGAAAUUAUUACUGAAGAUGUGCCUGUAAUUAAACCUGAAUCUGAAGAACAGUCUCAUGAGACAGAAAAUGAGAUAAAACCAGAAACAAUAGAAGAAACAAAACUUGAGGAACUUGAGGGGAGAACAAAACAAUUGACAGUAGAUGAUGACAAUUUUGGAGAUUUUGAUGACUUCAAGUUUACAAAUCCAGCUGAAAAACCUCCAACCCUUGAUAUCUGUGAUAAUCCCUGGGAUAAUACUGAAACAACAGAAGAUGAUUUUGGUGAUUUUAAAGCUAAUUUUGAUAGUAAUGAGAGUAGUUUAUUCUCUACAGAAGUAAAACCUGAACAUUCCAAACAAAAUAUUGAAAAUAAAGUUGAAGAUAGUGAAAUUAAUGAUGAUGAUGGUUUUGGGGAUUUUAACGAUUUCCAGUCAUCUUCUGCUGAAUCAAGAGUUAAUAUAGAGGAUGGAGAAUCGUUAGAAAGUCAAACGCCUGUAUUGUUCUUAGAAAUAACUGAUGAUGAAGAUAAGCUAAUGGAGCAUAUAAAUAGAGAGAUAAAUAAUAUGUUUGAAGAUGAAUUACCUGAGGUUGAGGAAGAAUUUGAAGGAAAACUUGAAACACAACUAGGUGUAACCUGGGGCCAUUUAUUAGAAACCGAAGUUAGACAGCCAUAUAUGGUGAACUGGAAUAAUUCUGUAGGACAGAAAACUCUACUUAAAGCUUUAUGUAUAGAUUCCAGAAAUAUUUUAUUUGGACCAAAGUGGAGCUACAAUAUGCCUAAAUAUGCAGCUAAUUUGGGCAUGGCUCCUCUCCAACCCGUAAAACAAGUUGCAGCGCCCAGCACAUCUCAGAUUGAAGGCAGUAGCGCAGACAAAUCAACAUGCAAGGCUGCCACUUGGAGUGACCCUUUCACAUCUGAUGGACAACAGUUCACCUAUGCCGAAGCCCUUCUACUAGACUUAGAACACCUUAUGGCCACCCUAGACCAAAUGGCUCAUAACCAUUCCACACUCAAGAUAUCUGAAUUACUAUCACAUGCUCGUAACUCUGAAACUGCGACUGCAAAUCCAGCAAAAGACGCGAGGCCUGCAGAUUUGGAUGUAUUUGAAGCUUCAACAUCAAGCAAAUCAGACAAGAUAUUCUCAAGUACAUUGAAUGUACAACCUAUACGCCAGAUUAGCUUACCAGACACACACAUAUUUACACCUACUGACUCAGAAACUCCUAGGUCUACAACUAUUCAUUACGACACAAGCCCAACAGUAUUGUUGCCUCAGACUCUUAUAGAACCAAAUAAAAGUGACGCAGCUUUUAAGAGUGAUCCAAAUACUUUACCUCCACAAAGUAGUUCUAAAGCUAGUGCAGUCGAUGAUGAGUAUUGGGAGUUCCAAGAUUUCAAAGGAACUUUAAACUCAACAACGCCAAGCGCGACAAGCUUAGCGCCAGAGAAGAGUGAAGCCCCAAAAACUUCCCUUAACGUCACUCACGGAACCCAGCUGCUACAGCCAAUUAAGCUAGAACCUACGAUACCUACACUCAACUGGCCAGACCCUGGACAGGUUAAAGAAACAUUUGACGAUUUUUCGGACUUUGUUUCCACUGCUUCUUUAAAUAGUCAAACACAAUCACCAGAUGUGCCUGUAACACAAAUAGCGAGUAAAUCUGUAAUAGAUUACGAUAAACCAGGUCCUAGUGGCAUAGUGCCUAAUGUGAAGACAGCAAGUGAUAUAAGUGAUAAUUUCGAGGACGACUUCGAUACAUUCCAAUCGGCAUUGCCUUCCACGAGUUCUAUAAAUUUCAACUUUGUUCCUGUUAACAGUAAAAGUACUGCAACAGCUAAACCAGCCACUUCGCCACAAAUGGCGCCUCAAACAAUGACUGAUUUCGGCUAUGCACUUCCGAAAAUUGAUAAUGUUAAGUCUGACACCAUAUCAUAUGAAAGUAUUAAGCCACAGGACAACCUAGUGCAAAAUCAAAUGAGUCUCUUCCCAGAAAAUAUAGAAACUAAUAAAACGCCAGAAUUUCCUGUUAUGAUAUCACCGCAACAAACCACAAGUCCGUCUAUGUUGGGCGCGAGCUUAUUGCAACCGACGUCUGUGGCGUCCAGUGUAACACAAAGUCAAAAAAAAUCUGCACAGAUUCUACAACCGUUGACGUUAGAAAGCUUUUCGCAAAUCAAUUGGCCAAAUCCAGGCAUAGAUCUGCAGGAUUUGUCUAGGUUCAAUCCUGUUGAGACACUACAUUCUUUGAAAACUGAUUUGAGCGUAAAUAGUCAAAGCAAAGUUUCGUCACCUGUUAGCAGUCACAAGAAUGUAGGUAGUAGUCAGGUGGCAGAGGACGACUGGGGAGAUUUCGUGUCGAGCAAGCCGAAACCACAACAAGCCAUGCCAAAGAAACAGACAACAUUCGUUGAUGACGAUGAAUGGACAGAUUUCGUCUCGAGCCCUAGCGUCAAACCACAAAAUGGUUUGAAUACAAUCAGUUUAAAUGUACACACAAACUUAAGUAUACAGAAGUCCAGUAAAUAUACUGGGAAAGGCAACAAGCCGCCGAUUGAUAUCCCGAGUUUAAACUACAUAACACCAAAGUCGAGCAACCACAAGUCAUAUAAGGACAGACACUUCCAAAACUUAUAACGACUUAGUGAACAUUCUCAUUACUUAUUGAAACUGUACUUAAGUAAUUUAAGUUAUGUAAAUAGGGUGAUGGUGAUAAAUCUUA